AUGUCGGACUCCGAUUAUGUGCGCAAUGUUUGCUAUGUCGUGUCUAAUGAGCUCGUAAAGUUUUCAUCUCUUUUACCGUCAAACAGAAACCGCUCAUUACUCGUUCACUCGCUCGUCAAAGCGUUUGGUCUCCUGGAUCCGUCUGCAUGUAAUGAGAAAACUUGCUUGCAUAUCUUACGACCAACUCCCGCGGGCCAUAAGGAUUUAUUACUUUACCAUACUCGAGAUUACCUGGAGUUGGUUCUUAAACCAAACAACGAGCAUUUCACCCAUGAUAGCAAUCGCAAGGCGGAAUUUGGUCUUGAGGAGGACUGUCCACCCUUUGCUGGGCUUCCUGAAUACGUUCGCCUCGUAGCGGGGGCAACAUUGGCAGGUCUACACCAUGCACAAAAAUCCCAAGCAUCUGGUUUCUGCUAUGUUGCCGACUGUAUCCUCGCCAUUCUUGCUCUCAAGCGUGUACAGCUCUCUUCGUGUCAGCCGCCUCGCAAAGCUCGGAUCAUGUAUUUAGAUCUUGACCUACAUUUCUCCGAUGCGGUCUCUCAGGCGUUCUCUUCAUCAGCACACGGCUCGUCAGCACCACAGGUUCUUACGCUGUCAAUCCACUACACGGCUCCAGGCUUUUUUCCUCCUUCAAAGCUUGCGUUUCUUCCAAAUCCUGAGGACGCUCUGUUCGACCCAUUCACGCUGUCUUUGCCUCUGUUACGUGGAGCGUCAGACGCCACAUUUGCUCGGAUAUGGCCUUGUGUUGAGCGCAUCAAACAUGCAUUCCAGCCUGAUUUUUUAGUUAUACAGUGUGGUGUCGACGGACUUGCCGGAGAUCCUAAUAUGAUAUUCAAUUGGUCUCUAAAUAACUCAGACGGUAGUCUUGGCUGGUGUAUCAAGCGUGUUUGCGAAGAAUGGAGGUGUCCGACGCUGUUCCUUGGAGGAGGUGGGUACAAUUCUGCAAAUACCUCAAGAGCAUGGACCUACUUGACCUCCCUGGCUCUGGGUCGUGAACUUUCGGCAGAUGCAUAUAUCCCAGAGCACCCAGCAUUCCCUACUUACGCACCGUCCUUCACGCUUGAUGUCCCUCCUGGAACCAUGCAGGAUCAAAACACUGACGGAUAUCUCGCUGAGGUGGAUACCUGCUUUCGUCGAAUAUCCGACAUCAUUGUUGAGCGAAUGUCGUUUACUACUGAAUAG